ACUUACUGGUGGAGGGCACUAAGGUCUCCUUGGUCCAAAAACGACCCUGGGACUUCGAAGGAAUACGACAAUCGACCCAGCAUUUGCUGAUGGACACUGACGCUUGCAAUCUCCUAGGUGCAGCUGCCAGCAUUUUUCAUCAUGUCCGUUUUGAACUCAGCCAGCAAACAAAGGCGGAAUCGCCAGCUUUCCAUCGCUUGGUGAAUUGGACGGCUUCGUGUUCAGAGGGCCUGCUAGACCCACGCAGUUGUUACCAGAAGAGCUUUGGAGAGUGUGCGGCACUUGGUGAUGAUGGCAAGGCAAUACCUGCGAAAUGCUUAAAGAUUGCAGCCUCCUCCAGGCGCCAUGGUUUGAGGCUGCGCCGGCCUCUCUUGUCGGAUCGGCUGCGCCUUUGGCUGGACCAAGGCGAACGGCUCGUCCGGACUUUUGUUGAGCGCCAUGGGCUCUUCAUGGCUGUUUGGUCUGCUUGUCAAAAGGAAUUGGCCCCAGCAAAGAGUUUGAGUGACUCAAGUGGCAACUGGCCAACUAAAAAGGAAGUGUGGACUCGAGAGACGAUGUUUGAUGUUCUACAUUCCAUUCAACAGCUUCUGACCAAGGGAUUCUUUGGAUCUAAGACGAUCUAAGUGAUAUAUUCACCCCAUGGAUACGCAUUGAUAGUGAAGGCAGCUGGCCGCAAAA